AUGGCGUUCACAUUGCAAAAUUCGACGACUGAGGAGCAGUGCGGCGUUAUCCGAUUUCUGAUAGCGGAAGGUGUUACACCGGCCGCUAUUCAUCACCGGAUGGUCACCGUAAACGGAGAAGACUGUGUGUCAGAAAAGUAUGUGAAAAAAAGUAGUAGUGCCCGUUUUCGUGCAGGCCGUGAGAAUUUGGUUGAUGAUCCGAGACCAGGCCAGGCAAACACAGACAUCACGGCCGAUCUCAUCGACAAGGUGGACGACCUAGUGAGAAGUGAUCGGCGUGUCACAUUGCGAAUGUUGGAGGUGAAGGUGGAUGCCAGCGUUGGAACAGUGUGGACAAUUGUUUACGACAGGUUGGGUUAUCGGAAAGUGUGCGUGUAG